CCCAUGCCUCCUCUCAGGGCUCCACCAGUGACUUGGUGCCACCAGUUCCCUUGAGACCUAGCUUCCUGCUUCUGAUGGACUAAUCCUUCACUUCUCAAGCUAUGGAAGAACAGGAGAGGAGAGCCUUGGGGCACUGGGUACAAGCUCCGGCCCCUGCGAAUGUCGGGCACUUUGUCUCCAGCGUUCAGCAGUCUGCAAUAGCAGCAGCUCUUAGCAGCCCAGGACUUGGCAAGCCCUUGCUAGCGCGCGCUCCUCCUCCUGCCUCCCGGCCCAGCUAGGCGCGUCUCGGAGGUGCGAUCCGAGCGACAUCCAGACUCGCCAGCAGUGGGGCGGCUGCUGGCGGUGCCCGAAAGAUCCAGCUCGGAGCACACGGAGGGAGCUCCCCGGGUUGCCGAGGCGAGGGAGGGGCGAGAGGCGCCUUCGCUUGAAAGGACUGGGAGGGAGCGAGCGGGAGAUGCUGCGGCUGCUCGCAGGUGGGUGUGCGGGGAGCGCGCGGCGAUCAGCAACAGAUGGGGAGGCGCUGGGGGUCGCCAGGCCAGUGGGGCGGCUCCGUGCCCCGUGACUGAGACCCGCCCCACCCGCCCCUCUCCUUCCAGGACACUGAUGCUCCGCUUGCUCCGCAGAGCCAUGUCAUUCCAGCCUAUGCCGCCACCGCCGCCGCCACCACCACCGCCCCCCCGAACUCCGGGGGGCCCAGCCGCGCGCCAGCUAUCCCGGAGACCCUGUGCGCCGCCCGCGCCUUCGCCGCCCGCCGCCGCCGCCGCCGGCGAGAAGAAGAGGAGGCCGCCCGAGAUGCUGCUCUCCAGCUCCUGGCCCUCCGCCACCCUGAAGAGGCCCCCGGUACGGCGCGGCCCCGGCCUGGGUCCAGGCACCCCACAGCCGCCUACCUCCGCACGCGUCCCGCCCCAGCCCUCUCUGAGCCGUGGGGGGACCUCGAGCACGUGCCCCGCGCCCCGGCGGGUCGCCUGCAGCCACAUCCCAGCGGCAUCCACUGCCUCGGGGACCUCUACAGGGGCGGGGGCUGGGCCCGACGACGCCACGCGCUUCUCCUUGAGCCUCACCCCAGAAGCCAUCCUGGUCAUCCAGAGGCGCCACCUGGAGAAGCAGUUGCUGGCGCGACCCCGCAGGCCCUUCCCCACACCCUCGGCUGACCCGCGGCGCCCACUGGUACCCUGUCCCCGGACCAGGUCUUCGACCCUGCGGAGGGGCGGUGCCACCAGUGCCCCCGACGCGCCUCUGGCUGUGGCUGUCAGCAGCCGCCCUCCCCGUGCCUCGCUGCUACCAGGAGGUCUGCAGGCCACUAUGCCCAGCCCGCGCCCCUCCAGCCUGCGCCCAGUGCUUAAGGUGUCGCUGCUCAAUGAAAAGCACAAGUACGAUGAUGAGGAGUACGAGGAGGAGGUGGAGGUGGUGGACGAGGGCCUCGUGCGCAAGUGCACCGAGUGGCUGCGUGGGGUGGAGUCCGCGGCAGCUGCGAGGGGCCGCACAGAGCAUCUGGACUCGCUGCCGCACCUGAGCACACUGUGAGGCUAGGUGGGCCUGUGGGACCCAACCUGGCUUGAGGCCCACGGCCGCCUCCUGCGCUCCUUGCACACUUGGGCUCUUGUGAACCAGGUAGGCCAGCAAGGGACAGGACUAUUGCCUGGAACCUAUCCCCAGGCGUGCUUACUCAUGAGUGACCCACAGCCUUUUCUAACGCCCACCACCCACCAUCCUGUGCAAUUAGGUCAGCGUGGGACACAGCAGACUCGCCUGACUCCAGCAGCUGUCCCCUGCUCCUCCUGCUCCUCUCCCCCACCCCCACCCCUGUGGGGAGGAUGGACCUGUGAAAUGCCUUCUAACCUUCCAUCCUAACUAAGGAUUGGACCCAGAGGUCUUCUGCCCCAGGUGGUAUUCCACUUCCUGGGGACUCUGCAAGCCUGUGGCCACCGAGGGUGGGGUGGUCUUCUACUGCAGAGCUAGGACAUGGUGCUAUGUAUAUGAUUUGUUUCCUUACAAGCCAGAAAGAUGUUGGGUACUGGAAACUGGUUAACUAAACUUGUAACCCAGCAGCCCAGGAACAGUGCUGUGUUGCCACUGGGUGAUCCUGGAGGACUUGUGCUCUGCCUGCCAGCUGAGUACUCAGCCAUCCCAGACACUUACAACACACACACACACACACACACACAUACACACACACACACACACACACACACACCACUCCCCUGUCGAUGCAUAGGCACACCCAUGCCACUAGCAGUCAUAUGUGCAUGCAUGCAUACAUACACAGCCACACACAUGCUCACAUAACACGUACGCUGACUCUCACAUACUUGUGGUAGUCACAGCCACACACAGGUGUCUCCAAGGGCACAGCUAGACUUGUUCUCAAGAGCUGGAUCAAGGUGGGGACAGGAGUCAGGGUUGUUGUCUGCUAGGAAUGCAGUUUUUAUUUGAGGGCACAGCGAUGUCUCCCUCACAGCGCAGAGAAGGGUGUCGUCGUAGGUGGGUGAAAGCAAGGCAGGGCAAGUCUGUGCAGCAGAGCAGUUUGAGGCGGAAGCAGGGGUAGCUGAGGGCCGGGGCGGGUGUCUCUCAUCACUGUGAAGUCCAGUGACAAGGGGGUUCUGUAAGCUGUAAAUAGUGACUUUCUAAAUGCUAUUUAUUAUUUGAAUGAAGGGUAAAACUCCUAUCUCUUAGUAGCCAAGCCCUUCCCACUAAUUGGAGGAUGAUUCUUUUGUAUUUCCUCUGUGCCUGAGUGGAUUUAACCCCCCAAGGAUGAGAAGGAAGUAUUUGUUCUAAUCAGAUAAAGCUGCCUGUAGAAACAUAAUGCAUUACCUCAAUUUUUUUUUUUACUUAUCUUAUGCAAGUCAAUAACCAGUUUAAUGUUUGUCUUGUUAGACUUUAAUGUGUCAAUUCUCUAUUGUAUUUUAAAUCAAAGCCUUACAUUUUUAAAAAACCAAUUAUAUAUUUUUUUCCUUGUAGAGAUCUUUGCGCUCUCCCUCCCCCCACUCCUCGUCUCCGUCUCUCCUCUCUUUCCUUCUUGGCACAAGCUUUGCAAACCAAGAGGCCUUACAGAGGGAGCUGUAUCAAACACCAGAUAAGCUUUUAAAAAAUAAGCUACUUACUGAUUUUAAAUGGUUAAUGCCAAAGGGGCAAAGUUAGCACCACUGGUGGGGGGAGGGGUGGAUGGGCUGUUCCUCUAGGCAAGUCAGGUGGAAAGGACAUGUGACCUUUGCCCUCAAGCCUGGUACAGCACGGCUUCACCCCAAGGGCACUCAGCACAAAUGCCAGUACUUCACGUGCUGGGCUUCCUGCCCUCAGCCCUAAGACCACUGGAAAAAGUUCCUAAAGGAGUGGCCUCUAGGGAGAUCUUCCUCCCCCUUUGUCCAUCAUGUAGGUCUGCACACCCCUCUGUCCAUCCCUGUCUGCCCGAUUUGAUUUUCCUUCCUCACUGCCUCCUCCAGGCAGCCCUCUCCCUUUCUAACUGGCCUCGCUCAGUGCGUUCUCCCUGGUUGGUGACUCAGAGGGGCCCGCGUGCCUGGCUCUUCAGAGAUGGAGGCAUGUUUGUGUUAGACAGCCGAUGACUCUGUAAGGAAAGGAAGGCCUACGCGUAACUUGUGAGAUCUCUUCCUUGUUGCCGACAUUCUGAGGACGUUUUCUAGUCACUGUGCUACAAUUUCUUAGUGUUUAAAUAAAAAAGAGCGAUUGGA